CUAAAACAUAAUACAGUGCAAACAAACCAAACCAACCACCCACAGAUAACAGUACAUACAAGCAAGCGUCGUCAGGCAGGCCGGGUCAAUAUCAAUAGGGCAGGUAGGUACAGGGGGAGCAAGCGGAGAUGGGUCGGGGUCACAGGCCAGGUUCAGCAGGUAGCAAGCAGCGUGGUACAGAGGGUCAGGUAGAGGGAUGGUCAGGAGCGAGCCGGGAUCAGAGCAGGAGAAGUCAGCAGCGGUUCAGAUCAGGCAGGGUCAGCAAAGGAACAGAAACAGGAUGCAGGACAGAUACAGGGCCCAGGACAAACACAACACCAAGGCAGAGUCUGCAAGUCUGGCCA